AUGGAUGCUGCCUCCACGUCUAUCCUCCUCUUCCUCUUCUCACCCACGUUCUCCAACUACAAGGUCGCCGAUAUCUCUCUCGCUGCUUUCGGUAGAAAGGAGAUCGAACUCGCUGAACAUGAGAUGCCUGGUCUCAUGUACCUCAGAGAGAAGUACGCCAAGGAGCAACCUCUCAAAGGUGCCAGAAUCGCUGGUUGUCUUCACAUGACCAUCCAAACCGCCGUGCUCAUUGAGACCCUCACUGCCCUCGGUGCCCAAGUCACCUGGUCCUCAUGUAACAUCUUCUCCACCCAAGACCACGCCGCUGCCGCUAUCGCCGCCACCGGUGUCCCCGUUUACGCCUGGAAGGGUGAGACCGAGGAGGAAUACCUUUGGUGUAUCGAACAAACCCUCGCUGGUUUCCCAGAGGGUAAAGCUCUUAACAUGAUCUUAGAUGACGGAGGUGACUUGACCUCUCUCGUCCACGAGAAGUUCCCUCAAUACCUCUCUGACAUCCGAGGUGUAUCUGAAGAGACCACCACCGGUGUCCACCACCUUUACAAGGCUUUCAGAGAUGGUAAACUCAAGAUCCCCGCCAUCAACGUCAACGACUCUGUCACCAAAUCCAAAUUCGACAACUACUACGGUUGUAGAGAAUCUCUCGUUGACGGUAUCAAGAGAGCUACCGAUGUUAUGCUUGCCGGUAAGGUCGCUGUCGUCGCUGGUUUCGGUGAUGUCGGUAAAGGAUGUGCCGAAUCUCUCCGAUCUUACGGUGCCCGAGUCCUCGUCACUGAGAUCGACCCUAUCAACGCUCUCCAAGCUGCUAUGGCCGGUUACGAAGUCACCACCAUGGAAGAUGCUGCUCCCAGAGGUAACGUCUUCGUAACCACCACUGGUUGUCGAGACAUCAUCACCGGUGAACACUUCGAGGCCAUGCCUGAGGAUGCCAUCGUCUCCAACAUCGGUCACUUCGAUGUCGAAAUCGACGUCGCUUGGCUCAAAGCUAACGCCGCUCAAUGCAUCAACAUCAAGCCCCAAGUUGACCGAUACACCAUGAAAUCCGGUCGACACAUCAUCUUGCUCGCCGAAGGUCGACUCGUCAACCUUGGUUGUGGUACCGGUCACCCCUCUUUCGUCAUGUCAUGUUCAUUCGCCAACCAAGUCAUGGCUCAAAUCGCUCUUUGGACUGACGCCAAAUCUUACCCUCUCGGUGUCCACAUGCUUCCUAAAUCCCUCGAUGAGGAAGUCGCCCGAGCUCACUUGGCCCAACUCAACAUCAAAUUGACCAAGAUGUCCAAGGUUCAAGCUGAUUACCUCGGUUUACCAGUCGAUGGUCCUUACAAGCCCGACCACUACCGAUACUAA